UAACGGAUUUUGGGUCCGCUCGGCCCGAUUCCCACCGAUGGCAGAAUCACGGUGGAUGACAUCCGACUGGUUGUCAACUGGGUGAGGGUGGGGGCGCCUCCUCUCUCACUCCCUCCCCUUGUGUCUUGAUUCUUAGCCAAAACCCAAAUGGUCGAGCUUCACAUUAUUUUAUUUGAUCUUGCUAUCUUCUUGGAUGAGCGCGUGGAGCCGUGGACUGAUACCGCCUCAGCAUUUGGGAAAAUUGCGCGGCUGGGUUGAGCAGAAAGAAAUGGCAUGUCAUUUCUUGAUGUCCUUACCUGUUGGUGUUCCAUCUUCCAAUUUUAAUAGAAGAGGUGUGACGGUUGUGCUCCAGGCAAAUGUUUCUGCUGUGUCAAGCAAAAAGCAGGGUGAUGCUGUUUCAGUAACACGCAGGAAUUUUAUUAGUAAGGUUUUUCUAGGUUAUGUUUGCUCAAAGCUGCGCCCAACGGAUAGUGCAUUUGCAGAGCAAAGAGAUGUAUUUAGGGAAUAUAUAGACACUUUUGAUGGUUACUCCUUGAAGUGCCCCUUGAACUGGAUUCAAGUUCGAGGUUCUGGAGCAGAUGUAUUCUUUCGGGACCCAUUUGUUCUUGAUGAAAAUCUUUCCUUGGAGAUAUCAUCUCCUUCUUCCUCAAGGUAUCAAAGUGUUGAGGAUUUAGGUCCUCCUCAAGCAGCUGGAGAGAAAGUAUUAAAGCAAUAUUUGACAGAAUUCAUGUCAACCAGACUUGGUGUGCGGCGUGAAUCAAGUAUUAUUUCCACAUCUUCCAAGGUUGCUGAUGAUGGGAAGCUUUAUUACAUAGUUGAAGUGAAUAUAAAAUCAUAUGCCAACAACAAUGAGCUGGCUAUCAUGCCACAGGACAGAGUCACCCGUCUUGAAUGGGAUAGGCGCUAUCUUUCAGUUCUUGGAGUUGAAAAUAAUCGUCUAUACGAGUUGAGGUUACAGAGCCCAGAGAAUGUCUUUGCAUCUGAAGAAAAUGUGCUGCGUGAUGUUAUGGAUUCAUUCAGAGUGUUCAAGUCAGCAGCUUAAAAGUUUUACGAAAUAUAUGAAAGCCGAAAGUAGACAUGCCAUCCCCUUUCUUUUGUCAAUAACCAAGAAAUUUUCUAUUAUUUGAUAAAAGUCAUUUUUUCUCCUCUCCAACCAAGAUUAGUGCUAUUUGGAAUGAGGGUUCUCAUGAUCUUUUGAUGUUACCUUUCUGGGCUGUUGACAAAAUUUUUCUGAGAAUUCUGGCUAUACGUUGUACAUUCUUUAUCCUUAAGCAGUAACUUCAUGUUACUAUUUGGUA